CCUGCCCAAGGCUCCGCGGGCCUCCAGCUGGUGUGGACCACUGUGGCGGAGGUGCAGAACAGCAUCGAGGGGUGGAUGGCUGGCAGGAGCAUCCCGGGGCCCGCCAAGAACGUGGACCGACCCUUCCUGCAGGCCUACUACCGCAGGUGGGGCGGCGAGGCGUGCGGGCGGCAGCGCGCCAUGCCUCACAUCAAGUCGUACCUGCGGUACCGCGGUGAUGACGUGGCGUGGCUCUAUGUCGGCUCACACAACCUGUCCAAAGCAGCUUGGGGCCAGCUGCAGAAGCAGGGCAGCCAGCUGAUGGUGCGGUCGUAUGAGCUGGGGGUGCUGCUGGUGCCCAGCUUGGAGGGAGCCUACCAGGCGGCAGCGCGUGGCCAGGAGCUGCGCGUGCCGCUGCCCAUCCCCUACACCCUGCCGCCGCAGCGCUACGCGGCAGGCGACCAGCCCUGG